UUUGGUAUUUUUAGACCGUCGCGAAGCGGCAACACUGAUUGCAUUUCGCAUUGUCCGUGUCGUCGAUUUCUGCUCUUUUUCUGGAAUUGGUAAAAAGCUCCAGGCCCAGUCCCGGCACGAGAUCCAGAUCCCGAUCCAGAUCCAGAUCAAGAGUUGCCGCUCCUCACCGUCACCGUCACAGCAAGAAGAAGAGAAGAGGAAGACGAAGAAGUCUGAACUAGCCGCUGCCGCACAGCCCAGCACAGCGUAACUCAGCCCAGUCCAGGAGGAGGAAGCGAAGAAGCUAUCAAGAUUAACGCGGACACAGCUGCGAACGAGCGACGCAGACGCGAACGCCGGUUCUACUACAAAGCGAUGGCGACGAUGUUGACGUCGGACGAGGCGGGCAAGUUGCUCGACUUCUCGCAGAAGCUGGACAUUAAUCUGCUGGACAAGAUCGUCGAGGUGGUGUACACAUCGCAGGGGGAGCAGCUGCGCCUCGCGCAGGACAUACUCACCACGCUGAAGGAGCAUCCAGAGGCAUGGACGCGGGUGGACAGCAUCCUGGAGUAUUCACAGAACCAGCAAACCAAGUUCUAUGCACUGCAGAUCCUCGAGGAGGUGAUCAAGACGCGCUGGAAGGUGCUGCCGCGCAAUCAGUGCGAGGGCAUCAAGAAGUAUGUGGUCAGUCUGAUUAUUAAGACGUCCUCGGAUCCCAUUGUCAUGGAGCAGAACAAGGUUUAUCUCAACAAGCUGAACAUCAUUCUGGUGCAGAUCCUGAAGCGUGAGUGGCCGCGCAACUGGGAGACAUUCAUCAGCGACAUUGUCGGUGCAUCUAAGACCAACGAGAGCCUGUGCAUGAACAACAUGGUUAUACUGAAGAACCUCAGCGAGGAGGUUUUCGACUUCUCCCAGGGCCAGAUCACGCAAACCAAGGCGAAGCACUUAAAGGACACCAUGUGCUCCGAGUUCUCACAAAUCUUCACGCUCUGCUCUUUCGUCCUGGAGAACUCGAUGAAUGCUGCGCUAAUUCACGUUACGCUGGAGACGCUGCUGCGCUUCCUCAAUUGGAUUCCGCUCGGCUAUAUCUUCGAGACGCCGCAGAUUGAGACGCUGAUCUUCAAGUUCCUCAGCGUGCCCAUGUUUAGGAAUGUGACCCUGAAGUGCCUAUCCGAAAUCGCCGGCUUGGCGGCGACCAACUACGACGAAAAUUUCGCGACGCUCUUCAAGGACACGAUGGUGCAGCUCGACCAAAUCGUUGGCCAGAACAUGAACAUGAACCAUGUCUUCAAGCACGGCAGCGACACGGAGCAGGAGCUGGUCCUCAACUUGGCCAUGUUUCUGUGCACCUUCCUUAAGGAGCACGGCAAGCUGGUGGAAGACGCCAAGUAUGUGGACUAUCUAAACCAGGCACUCAUGUAUCUGGUGAUGAUCAGCGAAGUCGAGGACGUAGAGGUGUUCAAGAUCUGCUUGGAGUACUGGAACAGUCUGGUGGAGGACCUAUACAACUCGGAGUUCUUCCACCCCAACCUGGAGUCCUCGAAGAGGCAGCAGGUGUAUCCCCGGCGCCGUUUCUAUGCCCCCAUCCUGUCCAAGGUGCGCUUUAUUAUGAUCUCGCGCAUGGCCAAGCCGGAGGAGGUGCUGGUGGUGGAGAACGAGAACGGGGAGGUUGUGCGCGAGUUCAUGAAGGACACCAACUCGAUUAAUCUGUACAAGAAUAUGCGCGAGACACUGGUCUUUCUCACUCACUUGGACUCUGUUGACACGGACCGCAUCAUGACGCUGAAGCUGCUAAACCAGGUCAACGGCUCGGAAUUCUCCUGGAAGAACCUGAACACGCUGUGUUGGGCCAUUGGCUCCAUAUCCGGUGCUUUUUGUGAAGAGGAUGAGAAACGGUUUCUGGUCACCGUCAUCAAGGAUCUGCUAGGCCUGUGCGAGCAAAAGAAGGGCAAGGACAACAAAGCGAUUAUAGCAUCGAAUAUCAUGUAUGUGGUGGGCCAGUAUCCGCGCUUCCUGCGCGCCCACUGGAAGUUCCUCAAGACGGUAGUCAACAAACUGUUCGAAUUUAUGCACGAGACGCACGAUGGCGUCCAGGACAUGGCCUGCGACACAUUCAUCAAAAUCGCGAUCAAGUGCCGCCGCUACUUUGUCACCAUUCAGCCGAAUGAGGCAUGCACCUUCAUCGACGAGAUUCUCAGCACAAUGAGCAGCAUAAUCUGCGAUCUGCAGCCACAACAGGUUCACACCUUCUAUGAAGCUGUCGGCUACAUGAUCUCGGCCCAGGUAGAUCAGGUGCAGCAGGACGCACUCAUCGAGCGCUACAUGCAACUGCCCAAUCAGGUGUGGGAUGACAUUAUUUCGCGCGCCUCCAAGAACGUUGACUUCUUGAAAAACAUGACCGCCGUGAAGCAGCUGGGCAGCAUUCUGAAGACGAAUGUGGCUGCAUGCAAAGCCCUGGGGCAUGCCUAUGUGAUUCAGCUGGGCCGCAUCUACCUGGACAUGCUGAAUGUGUACAAGAUCACCUCGGAGAACAUCAUCCAGGCCAUCGAGGUGAAUGGCGUCAAUGUGAACAAUCAACCCCUUAUCAAGACCAUGCAUGUGGUGAAGAAGGAGACGCUCAACCUGAUAUCGGAAUGGGUGUCGCGCUCCAACGACAAUCAGUUGGUGAUGGACAACUUUAUACCGCCUUUGCUGGACGCUAUAUUACUGGACUAUCAGCGUUGCAAAGUUCCAUCGGCGCGGGAGCCAAAGGUCCUGAGUGCGAUGGCCACCAUUGUGCAUAAACUGCGCCAGCAUAUCACCAAUGAAGUACCAAAAAUAUUUGACAACGUCUUCGAGUGCACACUGGACAUGAUCAACAAGAACUUCGAAGACUUCCCCCAGCACAGGUUCAGCUUUUACGAAUUGCUGCAGGCUGUCAAUGCGCACUGCUUCAAGGCGUUCCUCAAUAUACCGCCGGCCCAGUUCCGACUGGUCUUCGAUUCGGUGGUGUGGGCCUUCAAGCACACUAUGCGCAAUGUGGCCGACAUGGGCCUAAAUAUCCUUUUCAAGAUGCUGCAAAACCUGGAACAACAUCCGGCUGCGGCGCAGAGCUUCUAUCAGACCUACUUUACGGACAUUCUGAUGCAGAUUUUCUCGGUAGUUACCGAUACCUCUCACACGGCCGGUCUGCCCAAUCAUGCUACCAUUCUGGCGUACAUGUUCUCCUUGGUGGAGAACAGGAAGAUAACCGUGGACCUAGGUCCGAUACCAGAUAACAUGAUAUUCAUUCAGGAGUACGUGGCCUCUCUACUGAAAUCGGCGUUCAAUCACUUGUCUGAUAAUCAGAUCAAGGUCUUCGUGACGGGGCUUUUCAAUUUGGACGAGAAUGUGCAAGCAUUUAAGGAGCAUUUGAGAGACUUCCUCAUACAAAUUCGCGAGGCCACCGGCGAGGACGAUUCCGAUUUGUAUCUGGAGGAGCGCGAGGCGGCCUUGGCAGAGGAGCAGUCCAACAAGCAUCAGAUGCAGCGUAAUAUUCCAGGCAUGUUGAAUCCGCACGAGUUGCCCGAGGAUAUGCAGGACGAGUAGGUGUUUCGCGACAGAAUGUUUUAGUUGAUGCUUGAGAAUAGAGAUGAUUAUGGUAUGAGGAUGAUGAUGAAUGAGUGUCUCUCGAGCGCGAAAGAGUAUAAAUGUUUGUUUGAUUGAAUGCAUAUAAGUACGUUAUAUAUAUAUAAAUACACCCACACAUACGACCCCCCACAUAUACACAAGUGCAUACCUACACAGAGAAGGAGUUGCGAUUAAUGGUGAAUGAUAAGUAUAUAUGGUUAUUCUUGCGCAAUUACAUACAUUAAUAAGAUUAACAUAUUAUUGCGCAAUGUUCUGGACCGCACGAGCCCAGAGCCCAGGAAACCCCCUCCUAACCAAUUCCCUAACCGACCAUCCAGAUUAUAUAGUUGUAAAGUCCUGUCAUUUUCUACACUAAAAUGCAACUCAGCAGAUACGAAAGAUCCAAACUUAAUCGUACUAAUAAUAUAAUAAUAAUGUUAGUUUGGAAUUUUUUAAACGAGUAUUUGUGUAGAAAUAUCAAGUAUGAAUGAAUAUUUGACCGAUAACACACACACAAAAUCACCCACACAAACAGAGCAAAAGAAACAAGAUAUAAAAAACAAAAAAAGAAAAACUUUAAGUAAAAUUAAAUUGUAGUAGACUUAAACAGCGAUCAGGAGCCGGCAAAAGUAACAAAAUUAUAUAUAUAUAUAUAUGCAAUCGUUUUGCAUAAAUUUAGCAUUAGCUCGAUGAUUAUGAUGGUGAACGCAGAUUAAGGAGACGAUGAAGAAGCAAACAUGCCGCAUCAUAUAACCAGAAACAACAGCAGCAACAAAUUCAUGAAAAGUGUGAAGAAAUAGAACUAAAACGUAAAUAUUCAAAACAAAAAUACAUCAAGAAAACAACACACCACAAAUAACCAUAGAAAUGCGUAUUAAUGAUGUGUUUAAAUUUUUACAUAAUUAGUUUGUACAAUAAUUUAAAUAAAAAUCAAUUAAAACUACUUUGAUGAAUGAAGCGAA